AUGAUCAACUUCUUCACGAGGAACGGCGUCCGGAGGCUGCUCAAGCGCAAGGACAGCGACGCCGGCGAAAGAGGUAAUCCCUCCCUCCCGUAGUUGGCUUCGGGGCACAUGAAUGUUGGCAGUGGGGGAGAGUCAGCGGCUGCUGGAACCUCCCCUGAUCCGCCCCAAAAGUGGAAAUCACCCCCAUUCACCACCUCCUCCCCUUUUAAAUCAUCUCCUUUAGUUCGUUCUUCGGGGCCUUUUCUUAGUUUCGGCGGCACAGUGCGGCUGCGUUUCGGGGGUGAGCAGAUCAAUGCCUCGCCAUCUCCCGUUUCAUAGUACUGAUCUUGGGUAGAAAUCGCCUCUUUGGCUCUUUCUCUGUUCUUGUCGGCCCCUUAUCCGCGCCAGAUUGGAGGAAUUAGGGUAGAAAUCGACACGAACCAUCUCCAAGCAUCAUAACAGCCCCCCUGGGGCAGGAUGUGGAGGGUGAUUAACCUGAAAGAGUCUUCGAUUCUGGGAUACUUCCGAUGCCCGGAGAAGUUCUCCCUCUCGCAGGACCGCAGCAUGACCUUUCCCGGUGUGGGCGAGCGACGAAGGGAGCAGGAAGCCGCCAUCAAAACCCUAAUGAUGGAAGCUUCCCGCUGCUGUCGAUUGUGAACGGAAAUGCCACCUCCUGAUGAAAAUUCUUCUUUGUUCUUUUAUGUCAAUAUCCUGCAACCAUAAGUCAAUGGAUCAGAAUCGGACGAGGGAUAGAAUUUUGGUCCGUUGACUAGAGUAGACCCACUCGUGUAUGUUACCCACGAUAUUUAAUUUAUUUUAUUAUAUCAUUCUAUGGGCUAUCUUCUCCUACCGGGGGCACUAACUGGGUACCUCCCAAUGUUUGCCUGUAAAAAUCGAGCCUUUGGCAAGAUCUUUAUCUCUUAAUUUUUGACUUGUCCCAUGUGUUGACUUAUGUCCCCUUGUCUGGGUUGCUCGAUCUUUACACCGAUGCAAGUUUUAUGUUCUUGAGAAGGGAUGGAACACUCUUUCUGUGAGUGCUAACUGCCAUCUUCUCUUGCUGGGGUUUCUCUCUCCUCCUCCUCCUGCUCCCAUGGCUCCCUUCCCUGAAGCCAAAGCUCUGAACGAUCUUCGAGCUUCCCUCUUCAGCGAACUCCGGACCUCGGAAGGCGCCAAGCGCCUGCAGCAGCGCGCUUGCAGCCCCACCAUCGCCCUCUCCUUCAACUUUUUCGUCUCCGUCGGCAUCAUCAUGAUGAACAAGCUCGUAAAUCCUCCUCCUCUUCUAUCUCGCUCUCUCUCUCUCUCUCGCUCUCUCUUCUUCUUCUUCUUCUUCUGCAUCAUCUUCCUCUCCCUCUUCUUCUUCUUCUUCAUCAUCUUCCUCUCCUUCUUCUUCUUCUUCUUCAUCAGCAUCAUCAUCAUCACCAUCAUCUUCCUCUCCUUCUUCUUCUUCUUUUUCAUCAUCAGGUUCUGGGCAGAGUGGGCUUCAACUACCCAAUCUUCCUCACCUUCAUCCACUACGUGGUGAGCUGGCUCCUGAUGGGUCUACUCAACGCCGCCUCCCUGCUUCCCUCGCCGCCGCCGGCCAGGGCGACCCCCUUCUCCACCCUCCUGGUUCUCGCCGUCGUCAUGGCCGUCUCCACCGGUCUCGCCAACGUCAGCUUGAAGUACAACAGGUGAAUUCCCCAUACCCCAGUUUUCUCUCACAAGGCUGUCUGCAAAACCAUGAAUGCUUUCUCUUCUAGCGUCGGGUUCUACCAGAUGGCGAAGAUAGCGGUGACCCCCACCAUCGUCCUGGCGGAGUUCAUCCUCUUCCGGAAGACGGUUUCCUUCCACAAGGUGAGUUUCGGAAAUCAUUCAUCUCCUGGUCUUCACCGGAACCCUAAAAUGGGCAGGAGGCGACUCCGCAGGUGGUGGCGCUGACCGUGGUCUCAGCCGGCGUGGCGGUGGCGACCGUCACCGACCUCCAGUUCCAGCUCUUCGGGGCCUGCGUGGCCCUCGCCUGGAUCGUCCCCAGCGCCGCCAACAAGGUGCUCUGGUCCAGCUUGCAGCAGCGCCACAACUGGACUGCCCUUGCGUGAGUUCUUCCCUUCCUCCGCCGCCGCCGGCGAAGAAUGGGCCAUUGUCUGAAGCCACGGGUUCUUUAUCUGAAGUCAGCGACUCCGUUGACUCGGCAGGUUGAUGUGGAAGACGACGCCGAUGACCCUCUUCUUCUUGCUCACCAUGAUCCCGUGGCUCGAUCCCCCCGGUGCCCUCUCCUUCCACUGGAGCGCCGCCAGCUCCUCAGCCAUCCUCCUUUCCGCUCUUCUCGGGUUUCUUUUGCAGUUAUCCGGUGCUCUCGCUCUAGGGUCAGCUCUCUCUCUCUCUCUCUCUAACUCUGUAACUGUCUCUCUCUUCUGUGGAGCAGCUUGGGUGAUUGUUCCCCUGUUUUCCGUUUUCGCAGGGCAACGUCGGCGGUGUCGCACGUCGUUCUGGGGCAGUUCAAGACGUGCGUCGUCCUCCUCGGAGGGUUCCUCUUCUUCGGCUCGAAUCCGGGCGUCUUCAGCAUCGGCGGCGUCGCCGCCGCCCUCGCCGGCAUGUCUGCCUACACGUACCUCUGCUCGCCCGGUAGAUCUCGGGAGGCGCUUUCUUCCCUGCAGAAAUCCCGGCUGGGAAAACCAGGCGGCGCCGACGCCGACGAGAACGUAUGA